GGGCACAGUAGGGAGGGAUAGAAGCUAGCGCGGGGACCCGCGUGAAAGGGGACCGGAGCAUGAAAGGACAUCUACGUCUGGACCCGGUUCCUGCCCCGUCCCCACGACCCGGAGCGUUGUGAGUGAGUGCCCAAAGACGAGCAGCGCCAGGUGCCACGCGCAGUAUCUGAAAGAGAGGAAGCAUCAACACCCCUGUGUACCCCCACCAAAAUGGCUGCUCUUGGACACACGCUGCCCUUCUACACUGGCCCCAAGCCAACCUUUCCAAUGGACACUACUCUGGCUGUUAUCAUCACCAUCUUCCUGACUGCACUGGUCACCUUCAUCAUCAUCCUGCCUGGCAUCCGUGGGAAGACGAGGCUGUUCUGGCUGCUACGGGUGGUGACCAGCUUAUUCAUCGGGGCUGUGAUCCUGGCUGUGAACUUCAGUUCCGAGUGGUCUGUUGGCCAUGUCAACACCAACACAACAUACAAAGCCUUCAGUCCCCAGUGGGUCAGCGUGGACGUGGGACUGCAGAUUGGGCUCGGAGGAGUCAACAUCACCCUCACAGGGACCCCAGUGCAGCAACUGAAUGAAACCAUCCACUACAAUGAGGCGUUUACGUGGCGCCUGGGCAAGAGCUAUGCAGAGGAGUACGCAAAGGCCCUGGAGAAGGGCCUUCCAGACCCAGUGCUGUACCUGGCUGAAAAGUUCACCCCUCAAAGCCCUUGUGGCCUGUACAACCAGUACCGCCUGGCAGGACACUACGCCUCAGCCAUGCUGUGGGUGGCAUUCCUCUGCUGGCUGCUGGCCAAUGUGAUGUUGUCUAUGCCAGUACUGGUCUACGGUAGCCACAUGCUGCUGGCCACUGGCCUCUUCCAGCUGUUGGCCCUGCUCUUCUUCUCCAUGACCACGUCCCUCAUAUCGCCCUGUCCCCUGCGUUUGGGCACUGCUGUGCUGCACACUCACCAUGGGCCUGCUUUCUGGAUCACAUUAGCCACAGGUCUGCUGUGUAUUCUGCUUGGCCUGGUCAUGGCAGUGGCCCACAGGAUGCAACCUCACAGACUGAAGGCCUUCUUCAACCAGAGUUCAGAGGACCCAGUGCUGGAGUGGGGCUCUGAAGAAGGGGGACUCUUGAGCCCCCACUACCGGUCCCUAGCUGAGAGUCCUGAGACCCAGGACAUUCCCAUGUCAGAGGCUUCCUCUGAGACCUGCUUUAACAAGGAGCAGCUCAAAGAGUCUGACUGCUUUAAGGAAGAACAGCUCAAAGAGUCUGACUGCUCCCUGUAAUGCUCGCUCUUCUCCCAGCAGCCACCGAGUUUCCAGACUGGCUCCAGAUGUCAUUGGAGCCCCCAUACACCAGCAGAACUACCCGGAAAGUGGGUUUGGGUUGUAUCAUGUGCCCUGCUCCAGUUUGUUGAUGUAACAGAAUAAUAGACACAGCCUACUAAUGCAAAAAAUAAACAAACACAAGGUUCUGAAGAAAUGUCAGACAUGCCCAGAAA